AUGAAACAAAAAUCAAAUGUUUUACUGCAUAUUGUAUUUUGCCAAGUUUGUAAAAGUAAUAUUGAUAUUUCUAACAGUGGUCGCAGUAAUAUCAAACAACAUUUGUCAAAGAAAAAACACAUGUGGGCUGCUUAUGCAAACUCGAAGAGCAGCAAAUUGGAAAUCUUUGUUAAAAAAGAAAAUUUAGGUUCUGAAAGUAUGUUGAUUGCUGCCAAGGAAGGUACUUUUGCUUACCAUACAAUUAAGCAAUUGCAAAGUUUCAGAUCCUUAGACUGCACGUCAAAACUAAUUGUAAGCAUGUUUGAACCUAAAUUUGCGGCAGCUCGAACCAAUAGUGAGGCGAUUAUAAAAAAUGUUUUAGCUCAAGAGGCUCAAUCCCAAUUAGAAAUUGACCUUCGAAAAGCAAAUUUUGUCAGCAUCACAAUCGAUUCGUCGAAUCAUAGAAAAAUUAAAGUUGUGCCCUUAAUGGUAAGAUAUUUUGAUGGAGAAAAUGGUGCCCAAGUAAAAUUACUUCAGAAAAUGCAUUCCUGA